AGGGAAUGUUGUUUGCCUGCGAAAUGCGCAAAACGUUGCGCAUAGGUUUACGAAAUAUCUGAAGAAUCUCUUCCGUGUUACGUUGAGAUGUUUACCAUAAGAGGAAAUAGUUUAGUGUAUUUUUUAAAGUGAAUAAGUUCAUAUUUUACUUUUCAACAUUCAAGUAUGUAGUUAAUACAUAGAAUAUUGUGCCUUAUAUCAGUUCGAUAAGAUUUGUUGCUCUGGUUUACACCUUUGUAGCCUCGGACACAUUCAAAAUGUUACGAUUUUUGAGCCGGAGAAGAGGGCGGAACGCACAAAAAACCUCAACACAAGUCAAAUCUGGAUCUCAGCGACUCAUUCCCAAUAAACACCUUGUUCAGUGUAGAGUUAUACUUUUAGAUGGUACCGAUUUAUCCAUAGACUUAUCUAAAAAGGCUGUUGGUGGUGACCUCUAUGAACAGGUAUUCUACUCUCUAGAUCUCAUCGAGAAGGACUACUUCGGACUGCAGUAUACAGACGCUAACAAUGUUCAGCAUUGGCUGGAUCCUACAAAGGCCAUCAAGAAGCAGGUUAAAAUUGGCCCUCCUUACACGCUGCGCCUCAAGGUGAAGUUUUACUCAUCGGAACCAAACAGCCUUCGUGAAGAAUUGACACGCUAUCAGUUCUUCCUGCAACUGAAACAGGACAUUUUGCAGGGACGACUUGAUUGCGUGUACCAGACAGCUGUUGAGUUGUCAGCCCUGGCUCUCCAGUCUGAACUAGGGGACUAUGAGGAGGGUUACCAUACACCAGCUGUGGUGUCAGAGUUCCACUUCGUACCAAACCAGACUGAGGAAAUGGAGAUCGCUGUGUUGGAGGAAUUCAAGAAAUGCAGGGGGUUGACACCUGCUCAGGCCGAGGUGAACUAUCUGAACAAGGUGAAGUGGCUGGAGAUGUACGGCGUGGACAACCACACAGUUCUGGGUAAGGAUGGAUGCGAGUACUCACUGGGCCUUACUCCGACUGGGAUCUUGGUGUUUGAAGGCAUCCAGAAGAUUGGCCUCUUUUUCUGGCCUAAGAUUGGAAAACUAGACUUCAAGAAGAAGAAACUGACACUGGUUGUAGUGGAGGAUGAUGAUCAGGGGCGCGAACAGGAACACACAUUCGUCUUCAGGUUGCACAACGAGAAGGCGUGCAAGCAUCUGUGGAAGUGUGCAGUAGAGCACCAUGCCUUCUUCCGUCUGCGAUCACCUGUGAAGGGACCGUCUGCAAGACAGAACUUCUUCCGCAUGGGUUCCAGGUUCCGAUACAGUGGCAAGACUGAGUUCCAGACAACACAGCAGAACAGAGCACGCCGUACAGUGCAAUUUGAGCGUCGGCCAAGUCAGCGUUAUGCCCGUCGCCAGUCCCACGUCCUGCGAGAGCGGCAGAAGUCUAGGAACAGCACUGCAGUUGUAGCUACUUCACAUACCAGCGCAGAGACAGGCAGCAGUUCCAGUGAUGUGCCUCCACCUGUCAAGUCAUCCCCAGUCAUGACAGCUGAACCAAGUGAGACAUCCAGUAGCUCUUCGAGACAGACUAUCCGUCCCAUGGAAGACAUUUCAGCAGGCAGCCUCUCGAAACCCACCACUCCAAGUACUGUGCCAAGUUCUGCCAACUCAACCUGCAGUCCAGCCGCGUCAACCGUCAGCAGUGGCAUGGGAACUCUAAAGAGGAACAAGACCGCCACACCAGUGGCUGCAGCGGCUGAGGAACAUCUAGACUCACUGCUCAAAAGUUUGGUGAAGGAGCCAUUGAACAACCUGAACACUGAUGAGUCACUGAAUGAUGCCUCAUCAACGUGCGGAUCGUCCAGUAAGACUGAUGAACUGGAGACUGCAGUGGGGCCAACCUCGCUGCUGGUGACAGUGCUCCCCAACAAUCAGAACACUAAAUACUCUGGGUGCUCUGCUGGGGCUCGACCGCUCCCCCCCGACCAGCUCAAGUGCAAUAUUCUGAAAGCAAAAGUGGAGGAGGAGCUGAAGAAGACACCUUUCUCUGGUGACCUGAACAACCGGGAUGAGCGUGGGACUGAGAAGAACUUACUCAAUGGCAGGAAACAGCAGCUGUGUGUGGAGUCACCUCUGGAUACACUCAGCGCCACUUUUGUGUCUGUGGGUGGUGAUAAGCUCACCUUAUCCCUUGGUGGUGUGAACUCCACAGUUGUUGGCCCUAGUGCCAUACCAGAUGGUGCUCAUGCUGAGGAUCCCUCACAGGAUGAGACUGAUGAUAGCAACAGGAUGUCACAGAAACGCUGCACUACUCCUGUGACUGUGACACAUUUUUCGUGGUCUGACCAUGGCAAACUGGAGCGUGUAAUACUCCCGUCACUGUCACUCGAUAGUAAGAACACUCUGAACCAAUCCAACACUGAGGAUGCAACAAGCAAGAAAUCUGUGAUACCCCCAGCCCUCAGUGUGAUCACAACUUCCAGCAAUCACACUGCCCCAUGUCUGUCUCCUAAGGUCAUCAAUCCUGCACCGCAAUCCCCAAAAUCUCCGCAGCUAUCUCUCCCACCUGUCCUGAACUCAAACAACCCUUUCAUCAACCUGUUCACAACAUCCAAAUUAUCUCCGACUGAAUCCAAAUCCCUGCCACCUACAAAUCCGUUCCAUGGAGCAUCAUCAGAUAAGCCAAACCCUUUCCUGUCUCUCUCCCCUGUGUCAAAUCCGUUCAGUGAAUUUGAGAACAGUAAGUCAUAUACACCACUUGACAGCCUUGAUAGUGUGUCUGAUAAGUCCUCUUCUGUCUCCCCUAAAUCACCUGCUGUUCCACUGUCUCCUGUAACACAGAGCUCUCCAGUGGCUGAUAAGAAACCGUCCGUUGCCACCGGUGAGACCCGCCAGUGCAAGGUUUCAAGGGAGUCGCCAUAUACCAGCAGCGCGACAACAGCGAGCAAGCAGACCUCGAAACUGAACUUGAGUGGCUCCAUACCGAGCCUGAACCAGCUUUCGCCAUGGCUUGUGGCUCCUGACACUUCUGCCACCAAUGAGACAACUACCAAGCCACUAAAACACGAGCAAUCAGCGAUACAUCGCAAGACUGUCAUCACUACGGAGCUGUGACAGCGUGCAUGAGUCACUGCAGAGAAGAAAACCUGUCGAGGCAGUGAAGUGAACCAGAUGUGUUGUGUCCCUCCUGUUGCUACAGCCCACUUCUUGAAAGAGACCUCAUAUGAAGAAGAAAGUGUUUAAAAU